AUGUCAACAAAACAUUAUUUCUCAGAAGCAGCUGCGAAUUCCUUGGUAUCCCGGGCACUUAGAUCACUCGUAACAGCAAAUCACCAUCUCACCCUCGACGAGCCCGAACGUGUUGUAGCCAACCAACACCACGACCCCUCAAAAGUCGCCAUCAUCAGCGGUGGCGGUUCAGGCCAUGAACCGUCCUGGAGCGGCUUCGUCGGAGAAGGCCUGCUCUCUGCAGUAGCAUGUGGUGAUAUCUUUGCGUCACCGAGCACCAAGCAGAUCCUAGCUGCUAAAAGGCUGGCACCGUCUACCAAGGGAACCAUCUUUCUCAUCACGAAUUACACUGGGGAUCGUCUUCACUUUGGCCUUGCUGCUGAGAAGGCAAAAGCUGCGGGGUCAGGAGAAGAUUAUGUGGUGCUCCCUGCUACAGACGAUGUUUCUAUUGGGAGGAGCAGAUCGGAGCGCGUGGGGAGGAGAGGCAUGCCUGGUCAUGUCUUCACAAUGAAGAUUCUUUGUGCUGCUGCCGCUGAGGACUGGUCUUUUGAACAAUGCGUAAACCUAGGUCGAGCAGUCAACGACAACACCGUCUCAAUCGGAUCAUCGCUUGAUCACUGCCACGUCCCGGGUCGGCAGUUCCAGAAGAUAGCCGAUGAUGUCUGCGUCAUCGGAGCCGGAAUUCACAAUGAGCCCGGUCAACAACUGGUCUCGCCUUUCCCGACAGUUGAAGGCGUCAUCAAGUCCUGUUUGGAGCUGCUAUGUGACAGUAGCGAUCCAGAACGAGGAUUCUGCAAGCUCGAUCAAGACGAUGAGGUUUUACUGCUUGUGAAUAACUACGGAGGUCUUUCAAACCUGGAGCUUGGUGCAUUGGUUGACGAGGUUCAACAACAGCUCGCUUCCACUUGGUCUAUCAAACCAGUCAGAUGUCUAUCAGGAUCGUUCGAGACCUCUUUGAAUGCACCUGGCUUCUCAGUAUCACUGUGCAACAUAUCAGCUGCAGCAGCCCUUUGCGAUUCAACAGCCACAACAUUACUCGAGCUUUUUGACCGGCCCACUGCGGCGGUUUCGUGGCCUAACCUCGUUAGACCAUCGCGGAAGCUUGUUCCUGGGAACGAAGCGGAGCAAAAUGGCCAAGCAAAUGGAGAAAGGUCGGUCGCGAUAACCAAGCAGUAUGAUUCAAUGGAUCCUACAUUACUUGAGAGAUGCAUCAGGUCAGCUUGUGAGAAGGCCAUCCUAGCUGAGCCAAAACUCACCGAGUGGGAUAUGAUGAUGGGCGACGGUGACUGCGGCGAAGCAGUCAAGGGACUUUGUGAGUCCGUGAUCGGAAAGCUUGAUGAGGGAAUCGCUGCCUCAGGUUCUGUCGUGUCGUUCCUCGAAACAAUCACCGACAUAGUUGACGACAUGGGCGGUACACUCGGCGCCAUCUUUGGAAUACUUCUCACGGCUCUCAACAACGCCCUCAAGCGCCAACUCGUAGACCAGAAAGUCUCCCAGCCGAUACCUGCAGACAUCUACGCUGAGGCACUCCAUGUUGCUGUAGAGUCUCUCAAGACUUGCACGACAGCAAGAGAGGGAGACCGCACCGUGAUGGACGUUCUUCUGCCCUUUUCGGAUGAGUUUGUGAGGACAAAGAGCUUUGGGGGUGCGGUUGCGAGGGCGAAGGAGAAGGCAGAGGCUACGCGAUAUCUGAGGCCGAAACUUGGGAGGGCUUUGUAUGUUGGUGAGGCUAGUGAGCAGCAGGUGCCUGAUCCUGGAGCUUGGGCGCUCUACGAGAUGCUUGUUGGCCUGGCAGAAAGUUUAUAG